AUGGCGAUCAAUAGAAGACUCUUAUCUCUUCUAUUCCUCUUAGCAGCUGUAUCAUCAAUCGUGGCAGCUUCGUUUUCCCAUUCGGAUUCCGAUUCAGAUCUUAUCAACGAGCUUGUUUCUCUCAGAUCAGCCUCCGAAUCAGGCGUAAUCCAUCUCGACGACCAUGGUAUAUCCAAAUUCCUCACCUCCGCUUCCACCCCUAGACCUUAUUCUAUGCUCGUCUUCUUCGACGCUACUCAGCUACACAGCAAAAGCGAGCUUCGUCUACAGGAGCUCCGCCGCGAGUUCGGCAUCGUCUCCGUUUCCUUCCUCGCAAACAACAACGGAUCCGAUGCGACCAAGCUUUUCUUCUGCGAGAUCGAGUUCUCGAAGGCCCAAUCUUCGUUCCAGCUCUUCGGCGUUAACGCUCUCCCUCACAUCCGCCUUGUUGCCCCUUCGAUUUCGAACCUCCGCGACGAAUCCGGUCAAAUGGACCAAUCGGAUUUCUCUCGUUUAGCGGAAUCCAUGGCGGAGUUCGUCGAGCAGCGAACAAAGCUCACCGUCGGUCCAAUCCAACGGCCGCCGCUUCUUUCCAGGGCGCAGAUCGGUGUCAUCGUAGCGUUGAUCGUUAUCGCUACUCCGUUCGUCAUCAAACGGAUCCUAAAAGGAGAAACUCUUCUCCAUGACCGUAGGCUUUGGUUAUCAGGUGCCAUUUUCAUCUACUUCUUCAGCGUCGCUGGUACAAUGCACAACAUCAUCAGGAAAAUGCCAAUGUUUCUCCAGGAUCGUAACGAUCCGAACAAGCUCGUCUUCUUCUACCAAGGAUCUGGGAUGCAGCUUGGAGCUGAGGGAUUCGCUGUGGGGUUCUUGUACACCGUGGUUGGAUUGCUCUUGGCGUUUGUCACCAACGUGCUUGUUCGAGUAAAGAACAUCACUGCACAGAGAUUGGUAAUGCUUUUGGCUCUGUUCAUAUCGUUCUGGGCUGUGAAGAAAGUUGUGUACUUGGAUAAUUGGAAGACUGGAUAUGGGAUUCAUCCGUACUGGCCAUCAAGUUGGCGUUAA